UGAAUCUCCAUCCGCAAAUCGUCUACCGUCAUCGCAGAAUCUCUUAAUUUAGUCAAAUUUAAACAUUUUUAUUUCGUGCUCGGCCAACGAAAAAAAAAACUCUUGUGCUAAAAAUCAUCUCGAGUGCGUGCCUUUUCUACCUCGUGUGCCAUAAAAAUCCAAGAAAUUCAAGAAAAUUGUGCCGAAUUCACACAACACAACAAGAAACGACUCGACAAACGAAGAGCUUUGAGUGAAUGACGAAAAGAAAAAAUUUCUUGGGUGUGUUAAUUCACCAUUAAUUUCCCGAUAAACGCGGAUAACAGAAUGAUAAAAAAGUAGUUUUGUGACUGCCCGAUGCGUUAAAGGUAGUCAAGUUCAAUUUUACUCAGAAAAAAAUCUCAACAACGAAGAAUCAUCAAUAAAUUAAAUUAAAUUAUUCAAAAAAAAAAAUAAAUAAAUAAAAAAAAAUGAGAAAAAAUUUCAUAAUUGCGGUUCUGCCGCUCUUUAUGGGACUCGUAACGGCCCAACUUCUCGACCCCAAUUCCCUCACAAAUCCCUGCGUCAGUCGGAGCAGUUGUCGCGAAUGCAUCCAGACCAAAGGCUGUGCUUGGUGUCUCGCUCCCGCUUCGGAAAUGGGCGGCGGCAGCGAACAAUCGCGUUGCUUCCAACCGAGUCUCAGUGAUCGCGAUCGUUGCCCCGAAGAAUUCACCUGGAAUCCGGAUAACGAAGUUCGUGUCUUGAUCGAGAGACAACUUUCGCGUUCAGGCGCCGAAGGAAUUAGCGGAGGCGGAUACGAACAAGGAGCUUAUUAUGAGGAGGGUUAUAGCGGAAGUUCAUCCAUGCAAGGAAGUUAUCAUGAGGAACAUGGUGCCAGCGGAUCGUAUGGAAGCAGUGGGCAUCAACAUAUUGUGCAAAUUAGUCCGCAACGCAUGAAUUUGAAGCUGAGAAUAAACGAAGCACACCGCAUCAACUUCCGAUAUGCCCGUGCCGAAGACUACCCCGUCGAUCUCUACUACUUGAUGGACUUGUCGAAAUCUAUGGAGGACGAUAAGGAAAAACUCUCAGCGCUUGGCGAUAAAUUAGCAGAAACGAUGAGUAACAUCACACGCAAUUUCCGUCUCGGCUUCGGAUCUUUCGUCGAUAAGGUUCUUAUGCCAUACGUCUCGACAGUCCCCAAGAAACUUAACACGCCUUGCGAUGGUUGCGCUGCCCCCUAUGGCUUUCGAAAUCACAUGAAACUCAAUACAGAUACGAGAAAUUUUGCACAAGAAGUCCAUCAUGCUCGUGUCUCCGGUAAUUUGGAUGCUCCCGAAGGUGGUUUUGAUGCCAUUAUGCAAGCCGUUGUCUGUCCCGAGCAAAUUGGAUGGCGCAAGUUGGCGCGUCGCUUGUUGGUCUUCUCCACAGAUGCGGGCUUCCAUUAUGCCGGCGACGGUAAAUUGGGCGGCGUCAUAAAACCCAAUGACGGCGAAUGUCACAUGGAAAACAACAUGUACACGCAUUCCACGAUUCAGGACUAUCCGAGUAUCGCGCAGAUUAAUUUGAAGGUGAAACAGAAUGCGAUCAAUUUGAUUUUCGCGGUGACGGCGCAACAAGAACAGGUUUACAAGAAGUUGUCGUCGCACAUUGAGGGAUCGUCUUGCUCGAAGUUGGAAGAGGAUUCGUCGAAUGUUGUCGAGUUGGUUCGGGAGGAAUAUAGUAAAAUCUCUUCGGCUGUCGAGAUGAAAGACAACGCCACGAGUUUCAUCAAGGUCAAAUACUACUCACGCUGCUUGAAUGGCGAAGCAUUUACCGAAACCAACAAAUGCGACGGUCUCAAAGUUGGCGAUCAAAUUGAAUUCCAAGCGGAAAUCGUUGCCGUCUCCUGUCCCGAAGAUCCCGCCGACUGGCAUCAAACGUUGAAAAUUUAUCCCGUUGGCAUCGACGAAGCUCUUGUCAUCGAUUUAGAGCUACUUUGCAGCUGCCCAUGCGAAAAUCCCGGAUCUCCUUACUACGAAUACAAUUCCGACAAGUGUAACGGCAACGGCGUCUACAAAUGCGGCGUUUGCGAAUGCGCCGAAGGUUUCUACGGUCGCAAAUGCGAAUGUUCGAUGCACGAUUUGCACAGCGAUCUCACCUCUGGUCUCACUUGCCGUCCCGACAACACGUCGCUUGUCGAUUGCAACGGACGUGGCAACUGCGUAUGCGGCGUUUGCGAAUGUAACGAGCGGAAAAAUCGCGAAGAAGUCAUUUCCGGGAAAUAUUGCGAGUGUGACAACUUUUCGUGCGAACGUCAUAACGGCUUGAUUUGCUCCGGACCUGAACAAGGAACAUGCCAAUGUGGGCAUUGUGUUUGCGCGCCUGGAUGGGGAGGUCCAGCAUGCUCGUGUCGCACUUCCGUCGAUACCUGUCGAGCUCCUGGUGACACAGUUUUGUGUUCGGGACACGGGGAAUGCGUUUGCGGCGAAUGCAAAUGCGAGACAACGGAGGAAGGACGUUACUCGGGACGAUUCUGCGACAAAUGCCCAACAUGCCCGGGCCGUUGUGAGGAAUUCAAGCAUUGCGUUCAGUGUCAAAUGUACAAAACGGGGCCGUUGUCGGAGGAACCGGGAUUGUGUGCACGCAACUGCAGCAAAAUCUUUACGCCGAUCAGCGUGGAAAAGGUCGAAGUUGAUGAGGAAAAGGACGAUCACUUGUGCGCCUUCUUCGAUGAGAACGAUUGUCGCUUCCAAUUUGUCUACAAUGAUCGCGAGGAGGAACACGUUGUGGUUCGGGCUCAACAAGAACCCGAUUGCCCGCCGAAAGUCUUCAUGCUUGGCAUCAUUUUGGGCGUUAUUGCGUUCAUUGUGCUCAUUGGGCUCGCAAUCCUGCUUUUGUGGAAACUUCUGACGACAAUUCACGAUAGACGGGAGUUUGCGCGCUUCGAGAAGGAACGCAUGAUGGCACGAUGGGAUACUGGCGAAAAUCCAAUCUACAAACAAGCCACAAGUACCUUCAAGAACCCCACAUAUGUCGGCAAAUAAGCAACCAUGGCACGGAUUGACUCAAAAAUGUACAAACAGAAAUUUGAUCAAGCAAUACAACUAAAAAAAAAUUGAAAGAAAAAAAUCGAAAUUAUAUUUUAGCAGCUUCUAGAAUAAAAAAUCAAUCAAAAGUAGCAGCAAUAACUUUAUUACUAAAAACAAAAAAAAAAAAAAAUACCGCACUUUACUGCCGUUAAAGCCGUGCGUAAACUACUUACUAAUCUCAAACAUUUAAAAAAAAGCAACUCGAAUCAAAAAAAAAUCUCGAAUGUAUUAAAAAAAAAUGUUAAAAAAAAUAUUUAUGAGUUUGGACUAAAACUAACUGAUUAUUAUUUACUUCAAUGCAAAAAAAAAAAGAAAAAUUUAGACUAAAAUAUUUUAUUAUUUACUUAGUAACAUAAGUGAUUGUACAUUAAUAAUUUUAUUUUUUAACAAUAAUUUUUUUUAUUAAUCUUAAAAAAAGCGACGACGAUGAAUAAAUGAUAAAUUAAUUAAAUUAAAUAAAUUUAAAAAAAGAAGCCAAAAGUGUGCCUUCUUCCAAGACGUUCUUCGAAUGAUUUAACUGAAUAAGCCUAAAAAUGUGUCUUAAAUUUACAAGAAAAAAACGUAUAUCCUAGUCAUUUUCAUCGUAAAUAAAUGAUCGAAGCACAAUUCUCAUCGAUGCACAAUUUUUUAAAUUUCAAUUUCAUCUUAAAAUAAAAAAAUCCCUUUUCAAAAAAAAACUUAUGCAAAAGCAGACACAUAACGCACACAUUUCUAGUAUUUUUUCUCGAAUUUUAACUUUUUUCUCAUCUUCAGCGAAUGUAUUUAA